UUUGGAGGGGAAAAAAAUAAAUACUUCAAAAUGGAGAAGUUAGAUAUAAUAUAUAUUUACCCAUUAUUUCGUAUCAGCAUCCGCAGCAUAUCCGCAGCGCCAUCUAUCUGUCGUCUCGAAUGACCUCCAAGAAACCGCCAAAUACGACUUCGUAAACUUUCCUCGAUUACAGUUGUCAAGGUACGGCAUAUUUUUCAAAUAAUCAUAAUGUCUUCAAUCGUCCUGAUGAUCUGGAUUAACGACGAUCCAAUCCAAGGCAACAUUUUGAAGAUAAGUACGAUCGUAGAGCCAAGGAUUGCCUUUGGGGAAUAUCGUGAAGGACAACGUGUUCGGGUAAAAUGUCCAGGAUUUGGAAUUCAAAGUGGCGUCAUAGGAAAGAUCGGUGAUGACUCCAAAAGGAAGGAAUUCCAGGAAUUAUUAGCUGGCCCUGGGUUUAAAAAGCUGGUGGAAACUGUUUGUGGAGGAAAGCCGAUGGAAAAGGAGUCGGGGCCAUAUCUAGUAGAGGAUAUUGAUGCCAUUGCCAGUAAGAGUGAUGAUGGGCUUACCACAGGCACUGCUGCACCAAUCAGAAUUCCCAGGAUCAAAAAGAAGAGAUCACUUCGUGACAUGCAUCAAGAUGGGUCAGAAAAUGAAGCGUACAGUAAUAACGGUUCUGAACAUGGAGAAAUAACUUCUGAUGACGACCUUCAGUUAAUAAACAGACCGUUAAAAAAAAAGACAAAAACACAGACAACAAACCAAGAUAUAGAGGCGUUGAAAGUAAAGAAAGACGUUGCAAAGACAAAGAGGGAUGCACAAAAAGCGAGAGAAAAAGUUGGUCAAAUGGUAUCUUCAGUCUUGGUGGAUGGAGAUGGGCAUGUGGAUACUCCAUCAGUUUCAGAAAAGUUGAUUGCCAUUGUCAACAACACCAAUACCAUACUUGCCAUGGUGCAUCAGCUGUUUGAAAAACAGGCAGAUAUAGAAAGGCAGUUGGCAGAAAUCACUUCUUGUAAGCAGUGUGUGAAGGCAAUGUACAAGGUAACAAGUCCCUGCAGGUAG